CUUCCACAAAUUCUUGAAGUUUUGAACUAUUAAAAAAUAAUUUGUUGUAAUUUGUUGUAUUGCUCGGGUUUACAGGUCUCAAUAUAAUUCAAUCGAAGCUUAUUUUCUUUAUUGUCUCACUCAUGCCCUUCUCUGAUGGUGAUAGGCUCUGCUAGAAAUUUUGUCUCUGGGAUGGAAAGUCAAAGGCUUAAUCAUGGCUGAUGGGCUAUAUUUUGAGUGUUUAUCAUGGACAUUGGUAUUUAGGAGACAAUUUUCGGACAUUUUGUGCUUAGGAGACAUUAUUGACAGCAUUGGUAUUUACUAUUGCAAUAGAUAUUGACUGGCUCAGAUAAUUGAAGCUGGAAACUUGUUUGUCCUGUAAUUAAAACCAUCAUCAAAUACUUACUUUCACAUCUUUUGUCCAAAUAGUAAUCCAAGAAUGUUGUCAUCACUAAUUCGCCUGCAGGCCUGUAGGACUGUGCCAUUGAAGAGCACCAUCUUGCAGGCCACCAGGGUGCCGCUGCGGACCCCAGUGAACCGGCCGGUGACUCGAUGGACGCCUCGGCAGCCGGUGGGCAGAGCGCCGGCUCGGUCCGGCCGGCUCGCCCCGCCGCUGUCCGUCCUGCCUGUCGGCCUGGGCGUGUCGGCUGUGUGCGUGUGGCGCUGGCGUCUGGGGAGCGUCACGGCACGCUGUGAGCACGAGCACAGUCGCGUGGUGCCAGAGGAGCCGGCGACGGAGCGACUGCGACUGGACUGGCGCCGCCUCUGGAGUCUGCUCAGACCCUACCUGCACUACCUGAUCGGCGCCGUCUGCAGUGCAGCCAUAGUGGCGCUAUGUAACGUGGAGAUACCACGUCUGCUGGGAGACCUGAUCAACGUGCUCACCCACUUUGCGUCUGCGGAGGGCGGCGGCCUCCACUUCAGCGAUGAACUGCGCGCGCCGGCCCUGCGACUCAUCUCGUUCUAUGGAAUUCAGUCUUUGUUCACGUUCGCCUACAUCGUUUGCCUGUCGUACAUGGGCGAGGGCAUGGCGGCCGACCUGCGAUCCCAGCUGUUUUCCGUGCUCAUGCAGCAAGACGUGGCCUUCUACGACCACCACAAGACGGGAGAGGUCAUCAACCGACUCACCACUGACGUUCAGGACUUCAAGAGCUCGUUCAAGAUGUGCGUGUCGCAGGGAAUGCGCAGCGUGGCACAGGUGCUGGGCUGUGUGGCCGCUCUGUACCACAUGUCGCCGCAGCUGACUCUUGGCUCAGCUGUGGUGAUCACCUCUGUGAUCAGUGUGGGUACACUGAUCGGGCGAGGACUGCGAGAGCUCUCCCGCGAGGCGCAGCAGCAGGUGGCGCACUCGACGGCGGUGGCCGAGGAGGCUGUCGGGAACGUACGGACGGUGCGAGCCUUCGCCAUGGAGGAUAGCGAGACGGAAAUAUACGUGGAGGAGGUGAACAAGUCUCGUGACAUGCACAUCCGGCUGGGAAUCGGUAUCGGCUGCUUCCAGGCAGGCGCCAAUCUGUUCAUGAACAGCGUGGUGCUGGCCACUCUCUACUACGGCGGCUACCUGAUGUCCAUGCAGCAGCUCUCGGCCGGCGACCUGAUGUCCUUCCUCGUGGCAUCUCAGACCAUCCAGCGCUCCCUGGCGCAAAUGUCCAUCCUAUUUGGGACGUUCGUGAGAGGGAUGAGCGCCGGCGCACGUGUGUUUGAGUACAUCAACCUGAAGUCUGAGAUCCCGAUCCGCGGCGGGGAGGUAAUUCCGGUCAGUCAGCUGACGGGCUGCGUGGAAUUCCGUGACAUCACAUUCAGCUACCCCACCCGGCCCGGAGUGACGGUGCUGGACGGCCUUCAGCUGAAGGUGCCGUCGGGUCACAUGCUCGCCCUGGUCGGAUACUCUGGAGGAGGAAAGUCCACCUGUGCGGCUCUGCUGGAGAGGUUCUAUGACCCGGUGUCAGGCCAGGUUCUCCUAGACGGCCACGACCUGCGCUCCCUGGACCCUCACUGGCUGCGCGGCCGUGUCAUCGGCUACAUCAACCAGGAGCCGGUGCUGUUCGCCACCUCCAUCCGGGAGAACAUCCGCUACGGCAGGGAGGAUGCCACUGAUGAGGAGGUGAUGCAGGCGGCGCGUCUGGCCAACGCGCACCACUUCAUCUCCGAUCUGCCCGACGGUUACGACACGGCGGUCGGCGAGCGAGGAGUCACCCUGUCCGGCGGUCAGAAGCAGCGCGUGGCCAUCGCACGAGCGCUGCUCAAGGACCCGCGCAUCCUCGUGUUGGAUGAGGCAACGAGCGCGCUGGACGCCGAGUCUGAGAAGGUGGUGCAGGAGGCGCUGGACCGGGUGGUGACGGGCCGGACCGUACUGGUGAUCGCCCACCGGCUCUCCACCGUGAGACAUGCCGACUGUAUCGCCGUCAUCGCCAACGGCAGGGUGGCAGAGAUGGGCUCCCACGCCGAACUGGUCAAGAAGAAGGGCCUUUACUGGGACCUGGUCAAACACAACACACUACAAGGCGAGGGUGGCGUUCAGGCCGACACUCGCUCGUUGUAACUACGGUGCCGGGGGCCCGUGGAGGCUUUAGAUACCAAUAGUCUGUGAUCUAGAUAGAGGAUAUACAUGCAUGUAUGUGCCGGGAAUAUAGAGUAACGGGUAGGAUCAACGAUGGAAAACGAACAGCAGCUCUCGGUGGUACUGAGUACUGACCACUGACGCCGUCUUAUAUCAUGAGCAGACCAUUGCCCGAUGUUAGUCUGUUUGUGUGCGGAAGUUUUUGGUGUUUGUGUACUCUCCAGCUGCGAUCCACCGGACGCCAGCGGGCGUUUUAGUCCGUGGGAGAUCCCGUGCGGCCGUGAGUCACUCGCGAGUAAUUGGUGAGUCGGCAGUGAGUCGACGGUUAUUCGUUAACGCUUCUUGAGCCACAUGGUGACUCCAUGGCCUCGGCUCGGUUUUAUGCAGUGCAAUCAGUGUUGGUACUUUUGAUUGAGUGACGAAUGACGUAGCGCAGGUUACACAAUUUUUACGGCUGAUCCACUCAGGUAAAGUAAUUUAAAUGAUUCGAAUUGAAGAAAUCAGCGAUAGCUUAUGUCACAUCAACAUAGAUGACACGCUUUACAAAUGAUUUGUAGUGCCAGUUGAUACUCUCAGAUACUGGAGUGAGACGCGUUACCCAGUAUUUUUAGAUGGCACUCUGUGAUUGCUCGUUAGUGUGAAUGGGUUAUAUCAUCCACAUCGUGGGCGUGUAUUGUAUUCUGUGGUGUCACAAUACCUCAAUGGAGUGAUCAAACAAUACAUCCAUGCCUUAUCUUUUGAUCA